AUGUCUUCUCAUCCCCAGUCAGCUCAGGUAAGGUCUACAGUGGCAGCCAUCAUUUCUCCGCAUACUUUUCAUUUACAUCGGCGUUGGUACGGAGGCACUGCUCCGAAAGUACCUGGCUGGCUGAACAAAAUGUCCCGACAUGGAGGAGAGAGCGAUGACUUCAGAAACGCCGUCAUUGUCGUCGGUGGCGAAUCAUCACGCGGCGGACCAGCCCUCCGUUGUUCCCCCUCGUGUGGGGGGUUUGAUGAUUUCCUGUUUUGUUGCCAAUCACAUCAGAUCGCAUAG